AGAAGUUUGUGCUGCUCACUUAUAUCUGAAAUAGAAGACGCAUUGUUGAACCGGGUACAUUGCGAAGGAGACCAAACUUUACUAUUCAGUCUUUGGCAAUAAUGUCUACCAGCGUGUAAAGUACUAGUAGCUAAUUUUCGUUUGUUACUGUUGACUUGUGACCUUGCACCUCUGCCGGGGUGCUAAAAGCACCCCGGGCCGCCAAAUCUCUGUUGAUAAGCUUGGGCAAGCAGCUUUAGCAUGGCAAACCGGACCGAUCCCCUUGCUAAGACUGUUCAUGGGACGAACCCGCAGAACCUUGUGGAGUACAUUGUCCGGCAAAAGAUUUACCAAACCGUGUAUUGGAAAGAGAAAUGCUUUGCGUUGACUGCGGAGUCCUUGCUCGAGGUGGCAGUGAACCUCAAGAGCGUGGGGGGCACAGUCGGGGGCCAGAGAAAACCCUCGGACUUUCUUUGCUUGCUCCUCAAGAUGCUCCAAAUCCAGCCCGAUAAGGAGAUCAUCAUUGAGUACAUAAAAAAUGAGGACUUCAAAUACGUCCGUAUUCUUGGCGCCUUCUACAUGCGGCUGGUUGGCAAGCCGCUGGAGGUGUACCAGUACCUGGAGCCCCUCUACAACGACUACCGCAAGGUCGGUGGGCGCCAGCAACACGACCAACACGACCUGCCGAAUGCAUGACACGACACUGCACACUAGUCUCCCAAACAUGCAACACUUCAGGUGGCGCACUGUCGCCACCGGAACAAACACUGUGGCUGUGCCACCCGCGCACUACAUAUGCCCCCCGCCCCACACCCGGCC